AUGCCAAUACCUGCCGCAAACGACGGGACUUUGGAUCCAGUGUGCAAGUUGCCCAAGGAAGUUGGUCCAUGUCGCGCAGCCGUUCGCCGAUGGACCUAUGACCUCUCGAAGGGUCAAUGUGUUGAAUUCACCUACGGCGGAUGCUUAGGAAAUGCCAACAACUUCAAGACCAAGGAGGCCUGUGAAGCGAAGUGUGGAGGUAAGAUGUUGCUCACGGAAUACUCUCAGCGCGUUUAUCAGUGUAUGUCAUUUAGGCACUUCGUUGCAUUGCAAGCACAUAAUUAUAAACUGGUUCCUUAUUAUCUCCGGAGAUGUAUGCAUCCAUGGGUAGGAGUCGAACCACACUCACAUCUGUUGUUUAUUCAUUUUACUGAAGGUCAAUCGGAGUCGAAGGACGAUUCGAUACCCGAGUCCGGAGCUGAUGUAGUCGAUACCACAGUGUGCCAACUGCCACUCGAACAAGGCAACUGCCGAGCAAGCAUUCAGCGAUGGGGAUUCGAUGCUAGUCGAGGACGAUGCGUGCAAUUCAUCUACGGUGGUUGUGGUGGCAACGCCAACAACUUCGAAUCGAAGGAAGCAUGUGAGCAGCGAUGCAUCGUGACAUUUGGCCAAGUAAUGAUGUCGUUGCAAUGCAACGCAUUGCUGUCUACACAUCAGUUCAUGAAAUGUGUGCGUUGGUUUCGAGAUGGUUGUUUUACACUUGAGUGCCUUCUUCCCACACCAGCCAAUAUACCAAUGCCAAUACCGGUCGCUAACGACGAGACCUUGGACCCAGUGUGCAAGUUACCCAAGGACGUCGGUCCCUGCCGUGCAGCCGUUCGUCGAUGGACCUAUGACCUCUCGAAUGGUCAAUGUGUUGAAUUCACCUACGGUGGAUGCAGAGGAAAUGCGAACAACUUCGAGACCAAGGAGGCAUGCGAAGCGAAGUGUGGAGGUAAGAUAUUACCUACGCAAAACCGUGACCACGGUCUCGCGCACCCACCUUGGUGA